GUACGGUGGUGGCAGCUGUGGGAGGAGGCGGUCCGGCAGGUCGAGGAGCUCAAGCCCAGGCCAAUCCCCGCGUCUGGGGCCGCGACCCUGACCCUGCAGCGCACUGAGAAGCGAAACCGGCCGGAUGGGCCGCUGAGCCCGUAUCGGGGACCGUGUGGAGCCCCCUGGAGCUAAGAUCAGGAUGUUCCGCUUCAUGAGGGACAUGGAGCCUGAGGAUCCCAUGUUCCUGAUGGACCCAUUUGCUAUUCACCGACAGCAAAUGAGCCGUAUGUUGUCAGGUGGCUUUGGAUAUAGCCCCUUCCUCAGCAUCACAGAUGGCAACAUGCCAGGGACCAGGCCUGCCAGCCGCAGGAUGCAGGCUGGGGCUGUCUCCCCCUUCGGGAUGCUGGGAAUGUCGGGUGGCUUUAUGGACAUGUUUGGGAUGAUGAACGACAUGAUUGGGAACAUGGAACACAUGACAGCCGGAGGCAAUUGCCAGACGUUCUCAUCCUCCACUGUCAUCUCCUACUCCAAUACGGGUGAUGGUGCCCCCAAGGUCUACCAAGAGACAUCAGAGAUGCGCUCAGCACCAGGCGGGAUCCGGGAGACUCGGAGGACUGUUCGGGAUUCAGACAGUGGACUAGAGCAGAUGUCCAUCGGGCAUCACAUCCGGGACAGGGCUCACAUUCUCCAGCGCUCCCGAAACCACCGCACAGGGGAUCAGGAGGAGCGGCAGGACUACAUUAACCUGGACGAGAGUGAGGCUGCAGCAUUCGAUGAUGAGUGGCGGAGGGAGACAUCCAGAUUCCGACAGCAGCGCCCUCUGGAAUUUCGACGGCAUGAGGCGUCAGGGAGUGGGGGACGAAGGGCUGAGGGGCCUCCCCGCCUGGCCAUACAGGGACCCGAGGACUCCCCCUCCCGACAGUCCCGCCGCUAUGACUGGUGAAGGCCCUUGGCCUGAAGCCCCUCUUGUACAGGCGGAGAGGCUGAGAGAUCAUCCCCUGAAAUAAUUUUUUCCUCUCCAACUCCCACCCCCAAUUUAAUAUUAAAUUAACAGGCCAGCUGGCCCCCACCUCUCCCUGGGGGUCUCAGGGAGAAUCUUUCACUGCCCCCUCUACCUACUUUCUCCUUUAAUCCCCUCACCAUGCUGACUCCACUUCUCCUGUGUCCACUAACUUGAUUUUCCAUUUUGCUGCUCCAUCUCUGAACCUCUUCACCUUCCCCAUUCUACCCUGCCAUGCAUUGAAGGGCCUUUGGGGUGAGCUCUGGGUUCAGGGGCCUUCUCCAUCCCUCAGCUACCCCAGAUCUUUGCCCACCUCUUCCUCAGAGCCCCCACUGAGGGGCCAUAGCCCUGUGCAGGGCUGUGGAGGGAGCCGACUGGUUCCCAACUCCCUCUCCCCUGCAGCCCCCACCCACACACACAUCACAGAAAUCCUCCCUACACCUUUCUCUGCGUUUAAUUUUUGAUUUGUGCGACUUGUAACUAGGUGUUUAUGGAAUAAAGGAGAAUGGAAAAAAGGCUAACUGGGA